AUGGAAGCAGAUGGCAUUGCAGAGGGUUUUUUAAAAAGCAUAGAGUUACACGGUCUCAAAUUCAAUCGAUUAAUUGGCGAUGGAGAUAGCAGUAUUACAAAACGUCUAAGAGAAGUUAUACCUUAUGGUCCUACAAGACUAGUAGAGAAAAUAGAGUGUAGUAAUUACCUACUACGUAAUUUUGGAACCAAAAUUUCAGCAAUUUCUAUAAAUACAAAGUAUCCUGCUUUGAUGAGAAACUUUAUUAAAAUCCAUAUCAAAAAAUUCCCUAUUGCAAUUCGAAAAGCAAUUGAGUAUCGAACAAAUUUGAAGGCACCACAGCAUGUAAAAAUAUCAGGUCUUGUAUUGGAUAUUAGCAAUAGUUUUUACCAUAUAUUAGGUCAACAUAAUAAAUGGGAUGAAUACUUUUGUAAUAAUAAACAAAAGAUUAGUGAAAACUUAGUGCCAGCUGCAUUUAACUGUGGAUUAAUGUCAGAAUUUAAAUUGGUUGCACAACGACUUAUUGAUAAUGCUACAAGUCUAUUACACGAUGUAACGAACAAUAUUUGUGAACAAUUCAACAGUGUUAUUAAUAAAUUUAUUGCGGGAAAGCGAAUUAACUUUUCACAGAUGAAUUCGUAUAAUAGGUACUCGUGUAAAAGCUUAACUCUGGUGGAAUGUUUCUUAGACAUGCACAAAAACAUUACUAACAAUAGUCCAGAUAGACACACAUAA